AUGUGGACCAAACUUGAAGUCAAUAUCUCAAUUCUCGCACAUCGCCCCUCGAUCAUCGCACCUCGCACCUCGCCCCUCGCACUUUGCACAUCGCACCUCGCACAUCGCACCUCGCACAUCGCACCACGCACCUGGCACAUCGCACCUCGCACAUCGCACAUCGCUCUUCGCACCUCGCACGUCGACCCUCGCACCUCGCAUAUCGCACCUCGCACAUCUUCCCUCGCACCUUGCACCUCGCACUUUCCACCUCGCAUAUUGCACCUCGCACCACGCACUUCGCACCACGCACCUUGGACCAAGCACCAAGCACCACGCACCACGCACAAAGCACCACGCACCAAGCAUCACGCAACACGCACCAAGCAGCACGCACCAAGCACCAAGCGCCACGCACAGGUACCACGCACCACCCACCACGCACCACCCACCACGCACCAAGCACCACGCACCACGCACCAGCAUCAAGCACCAAACACCACGAACCCCGCACCAAGCACAAAGCACCACGCACCAAGCACCACGCAUAAAGCACCACGCACCAAGUAUCACGCAACACGCACCAAGAACAAAGAACCACGCACAAGGCUCCAAGCACCCCGCACCACGCACACGCACUAA